UCUUUGUCGCGGGUAUCUUCUACUGGGUCGCGGGUGACUGCAAAUGCAACUGGGUUGCCAUCGGAAUUUCGUGGGUAUCGCGGGUGUCGUGGGUGUCGCCAUCAGAUUUUCACGGGUUGUCGUCGAAUUUUGUGGGUGUCUGCAACAAGCGUCGCCGUCGGAUUUUCGCGAGUUGCCAUCGGAUUUCUUGCCUUCGCAUUUUCUCCCGUGUUCAGGUUGAGAUUGUAAUGGCUCCCAACAAAUCAACUUCAGAGGGAUGGAAACAUGUGACCCGCAAUGGUACUUAUCUUCAUUGUAAUAUGUGCCCGAAAGUUUAUACCGGAACUUUAACGAGGAUAAAGGACCACUUGCUUGGUAUUUUAGGGGGUAAAGGUGGAGGUGUUACUGCAUGUCCAAAUGUGUCCAAAGAAAUUAGAGCUAUUUUAGAGAAAGAGCAAGCCUCUUCGAUUGCAGGAAAGAUGCAGGUGGCACAAAAGAAACAGAGAAUUGAAGAGGAUCUGUCUAGAUCCACAUCUAUUAUGUCUUCCUCUUCGAGUCUACCCAAGGCCACAGGGACAUCCAAAGAGAGUGGAACUUUGAAGAGUCUUUGGAAACCAGUAGAGAAACAACAGGUGGAUGAUACACUAGCAGAUUUGUUUUACACAAGUGCUAUUCCGUUCAAUGUAGCUAGAAAUCCGCAUUUUCACAAUGCAAUUCAAAAAGUUGCACAGUUUGGCAAAGGGUACACACCUCCCACUUCUGAGGCUUUCAGGACAAGUCUUUUGGAGAGGUCAAAAGAAAGAGUGACUGAGAAACUAGCUGAGGUCAAAGCCUCUUGGAAGGUAACAGGUUGCACCAUAUUGAGUGAUGGAUGGUCAGAUAUAUGUCAAAGGCCAUUGAUCAAUGUUUUGGUGGCUUGUCCUGAAGGUGUUGCAUUCUUGAAAGUGAUUGACACCAUGAACCACAAGAAAACUUCUGAAUACAUAUUUCAAAUAUUAGAGGAAGCCAUUCUUGAAGUAGGGGUGGAAAAUGUGGUUCAAGUGGUCACUGACAGUGCAACAAAUUGUGUGGGAGCUGGAAAACUGAUUGUUGAGAAAUACCCUCAAAUAUAUUGGAGUCCAUGUGCAGCACAUUGUUUGGAUUUGCUGCUUCAUGAUUUGGCUAAGUUUCCAUGGAUACAUGAAGCAAUUCAUAGAGGGAGAGCAAUUGCAAACUUCAUAAGAAAUCAUCGUCUCACAUUGAGUCUUUACAGGCAGCAUGCAUCUAGGGAGUUGUUGCCGCCUUGUGACACAAGAUUUGCUUCAUUUUAUAUCACUUUGAAGAGAGUUGUUGAAGAGAAAGUAGCUUUGAGAUCUGUUGUUUGUUUCAAUGAGUGGGAAAAUUCAGCGCUUUCGAAAAGUGCCAAGGGCAAGAACAUAGAGCAAAUUGUUUUCAAUAGCAGCUUUUGGGAAAGUGGAACAAAGGUUUUGAGUAUAUGUGAGCCAAUUGUUGAUGUGCUUCGCAUGGUUGAUGGUGACAAACCUUGCCUUGGCAUGCUUUAUGAAAGCAUGGAUCGUUGUAAGGAAGCUAUUCAGAUAGCACUAAAUAAUGUAGAUGCAAAGUACAUGAAGAUAUGGGCAGCAGUUGAUUCUAAAUGGAAAAUGAUGCACACACCUUUACAUGCAGCAGCUUGUUAUUUGGAGCCUAAGUUAUUUCAUAUUGAUCGACAAGCUGAUUUUGAAAUUAUGGCAGGGUUUUAUGAAGCCAUUAGCAAAUUUGAACUAGAUCCAGCAAUUGCAAGUCUAAUCAGAGACCAAAGUUGGCUAUACAAGAGAGCAGAAGGGUUGUUUGGAGUAGCAGGAGCCAAAUAUGAUAUAAAACGAGAUGCGGUACCUAGUUAUAGAUGGUGGAUGAGCUAUGGAGCACAAACUCCUGAACUUCAGCGCUUUGCCAUUAGAAUACUGAGUCAGGGAGCAAGUUCAUCAGCUUGUGAGAGGAAUUGGAGUUGCUUUGACCACAUCCAUUCCAAGAAGAGGAACAAAUUGUUGUCUGGAAAGUUGGGAGAUCUUGUCUACGUUCGCAGCAAUUUGAAAUUGUUCAUGAACAAAUCAGCAAGUGACUCCACUUCUUCUUCACAACAACACAUUCCACAAGACAUAGAAGUGCCAGUUGUAGAUGAACCUGACUUUCUUGAUGAAGAAUUGGAUAGUGAUACAGAUGAUGAUGCUACACCAUCUGAGCCAAGUGCUCUUGAUGACUUAGAGCUUCUUUGAAGUUCUGAAGUCUUAACUUUUUAUUGUAACUUUUUGAAAAGAAAACA